AUGCAAUCAGCAGGGCGUUGGAUGAGAGAGCUGGACGUGUAUGUUGAGAAACCAGUUUCUUAUUCGCUAAUAGGGAAUGACGAAGAAAUUCCUGAUGAGAAUCUGAGUGAUGGAGAAGGCGAUCCAGAGUACGAACCUGAAGGUGAGACGGACGAUGAGGCUAAUGAUGACGAAGAUGGUUUGUCUGAAAAUCCAGAAUCUGAUGAAGAAGAUGAGGUUGGUGAAGCGGAUAUAGAAGUCUUUAACCAUGACAGUUAUGAAGAACAAAUUCCAGAUGAAGAUGAAGUCUACCCUGCAACUGAUGACUCUUCUGGUGAUGAAGAAGAACAAGCAGAGAGGUUGGUAAAAAGAAAUUUACCUGAUGGUGUGUUCAGCUUGAGGCAAGUUUUUGCUACUGGUCAGGACUUUAAGGACAAUGUGAUCCGGUAUGUACUGAAGACAAGGCGCAAUGUAGUGUUUGAUAGAUGGGAGAGAAUUGCACUUGGUGCAAGGUGUAAGGGAAAAGGCUGCGGAUGGCAAAUAUAUUGCUCAAUAGAAAAGCCGAUACAAAAAUGGAUGGUUAAAACGUAUUAUGAUGAGCAUACAUGUCAUCCUGUUGGGCGAUGUGAGAUAAUAAGGAGUCCUGUGGUUGCUGACUUGUUUCUUGAAGACAUAAGAAGAGAUCCUGAGAUGAGUGCUCCUGAAAUCAAAGAUGAGAUGAAAAGGAGGUACAACAUCAUCAUUACACCUUCACAGUCACAAUCCGCAAGAAGGAGGGCAUUUAGCAAGCUGCAAGAUGAAUGCAAUGCCCAAUUUUCAAGACUUCGAGACUAUCAGUACCAACUAACCAAGACAAUGCCUGGUUCAACAGUGGAGAUCAAUACAAGAACUAGAGAUGAUGGUUUAGAUGAAUUUUAUCAGAUUUACAUAUGUUUCGAGCCGCUGAGGACGUCAUGGAAGAAGAACUGUAGACCAAUUAUUGGGUUGGAUGGGACAUUCUUGAAGCACAAUAUCCAAGGAACAUUGCUUACCGCUGUUGGAAGGGAUCCUAACAAUCAGAUCUAUCCUAUAGCUUGGGCGGUAGUAUCAGGGGAGAACCAUGACAACUGGGAGUGGUUUAUUCACAAGCUUAAGGUGGACUUGGAUUUGGGGGAUGGUGAAAACAUUACCAUGAUUUCUGACAUGCACACAAGCAUAAUUCAUG